AUGGCAGGACGAGGGCAGGACGAGGGCAGGACGGAGAGUCUCACACAAUAACCUUUAGGACGCCCUACAGGAGGGAAAACAAGACUUCUGAGUAUGUAAUUAUCCCCGUAGCGGUUUUUCAGCGGAUAUCCGGGACGUCACGCAAAUAAUAGUAAGAAAUAAAAUAAAAUAAAUUGUUCCCUCCUGCCGCGCGUGCGUUAUGGAGCGGCGGCGGCGGGCGUCUCUGGCGCUCGCGCUCAACUUGGUGGCGCUGCUGCUGGCCGGGUGCGCGCUCAGCACGAGCUACUGGUGCGCGGGGAACCGAAAAGUACUGAAGCCGUUUUGCACCGGGCCGCUGCCUCCAGCCCACAGGCACGCGCACUGCAUCCGAUACAACAGCUCGAGCGCUAACGACAGCCGCCAGGUGCAGUACGUGUGGGAGACCGGAGAGGACAAGUUUGUCCUGAGGAAGUUCCACAGCGGUAUCUGGCUGUCCUGCGAGCAGAAUAUUGACCUGAGUGGUGAGAACUGCAGAAGUUUCAUAAGUAUUCCCCCUCCACAUGAGAGAGGGGUCUUAUGGCUGUGCAUCGUUGCAGAAUGUCUGUACAUCCUUCUCCUUGCCACUGGUGGAAUCCUCAUGUCUAUCGAAGUCUGCCAAUUUGGGAACGUCAUAGAUGGACUCAAACUCAACGCCUUUGCCUCCAUAUUCACCGUCUUGUCAGGUCUUCUUGGCAUGGUAGCACACAUGAUGUACACAACAGCUUUUCAGCUCACUGUAAGUCUGGGCCCUGAGGACUGGAAACCCCAAAGCUGGGAUUACAGCUGGUCUUACAUGUUGGCCUGGGGAUCUUUCACAGCCUGCAUGGCCUCCUCGGUGACCACCAUCAACAGAUACACAAAGACGAUCCUGGAGUUCAAGCACAAGCGGAGGAACAUGGAGAAAAACCUGAAGAUCAAGCAGCAGCUCCUGGAGCUGGAUUGCCCAGAGCAGAUGUGGGACAUGUAUAUCAGCUCUGUGCCCAGCACGGCCGAGGAGCUGCUGGAGCUGUCCAGUCCGAGCCGUAAGCUGUCCAACCAUGACAUGGGUGAUCAGCAGGGGGAGGAGUACUGCUGAGGCUAGCGUUUCACCUUGCUGUGUGGAAAUUCCAUGUUAUAAAAAUAUUUUUGCGAAUGUGUUAAACUGGUGGUGAAAUAUAUUUG